UCCUGUUUUGAUUUUGAUUGUGACUUGGAGCCGCAGCAGUGUUGAUUUCCGCAAUAAAUUUACGAUAAAUCUGUCGCAAAAUCCGCUGGAAGAAGUAAUAAAUCUGCCCCUCGAUCAUCUGCAAGUUCUCUACAUUCAAAGGUUCGUUUUAUGAUACAAUCUCUGUUCCCGCAAUACCUCAGAUGGACCUGGAACCACAGCUAUGUCGUUUAUGUCUGAUUCCGGUGGACCCAGAUACAGUUGUUAUACUCAAUCAAGCCGUAGACUUGAUCGAUUCGAUCCUUCAGAUUACGACCGUUGAUGUGAUAGUAGACUCAUCGCGCCAGGUGUUCAUCUGCGACCAGUGCCAGAAUUCGCUUGACGUGUCCAUACAGUUCCGCACUAUGUGUUUGCAAAAUGAUGCGACAUUUAGAAAAAUGUAUGCCAAACAAUCGUUGCCGUUGGAUGGCACGAGAGACGAAUUCGAUCAUUUUGAAGCAGAAUUUAUUCCUUGUAAGGUUGAAGACACCUGUCAAAACAAUGAACCUCUCAACAACUUUGAACCAGAAGUUAGCUUAUCGGGUGAUAAUUUCCAGAAUGAUGGUCAGCAAUCUUCCUCGGAGGAAGAAGAUUUAAAAAAUGCGUUUGAUACAUUUGAGUCGAUGUUUGAAUUAAAAGAAGGCAGAAAAUCACCGCCUGUAAAAGAGAAAAAGAAAAGAUAUCGGAGAAAACCUAAAACCGAUUCAUCUAUUGAGCAUACAGACGGACAGCAUAGCGAGAAACCAUCUUCAAAUGAAGAAACUAAAAAACGCAGAAAACGCAUUAGACCAUACAAACCUAGUAGCAGCUCUGAACCACGUGUGAAGGUCCAAUGUCAGAUCUGUGGAGGUUUCUUCAGUCGUGAGCAUCUAUCCAAGCAUCUCCUAACACACAAUCCUGACAGUCGACCCAUGUAUGCAUGUGAGCUGUGUCCGAAAAAAUAUCCUCAUAAGAAAAAUUUGAAAGAACACGUAGAAAUCGUUCAUGAGAAUACGAAGGAGCAUGUUUGCCCCGUAUGCGGAAAGGGUUUUGCGCGAAAGAAAAGAAUGGAUGCUCACUGCAAAGCUAUUCAUACGGAAGUUAAAAGAUAUGCGUGCAGCGCUUGUGAUGAAAAGUUCCCCACUUCAGGCUAUCGUAACUAUCAUUAUAAAGUUCACCACACAAACCUUCGGCCGUACUCGUGUCAAUACUGUCACAUGACAUUUAAAAGAAGUAACGAUCUGACACUUCACACCCGGACCCACACGGGCGAGAAACCGUUCAAGUGUGAUCUGUGCGACAAGAGGUUUGCCAAGAGCUACAAUGUUGUGAUUCACAAAAAAUCGCACAAAAAUGCAGAAUUGAGGCGAAUAGCUGCUGAGCAGAAAGCGGAAAGUGCUGGGCCGAAUUUGAGCUUGGGACUUUUGUGAGUGUUCAGUGCUUUAGGUUUUUAAGAUAUUAUUUAUUACGGGUCACCAAGUUUAUGUUUCAAGUUCGGUGUCUUCGUUCUCGUAUGGUGAUUGACUAUUAGGCAUGGAGUUGAGUGUGAUUGUAGCACACCUGGCAAAAUUCACAUUUGAAUGUAUUGUCAGUAUGUAUUCAAAAAGUUUUCUAUAACAGUGAUUGUCUAUGGGGUAACGAUAAUCCAGUAAAAACGUGAUUAAAUUAUGUAGUUCGUAUUUACUUUAGUUUAAACCACGUUUUCACCGUUUCGGCAGGUAUCGAUGGUUUGUUUGGAGAUGGUUGACUAUAAAAUAUUUGAUACAUAAAUAAGCA